AGUGCCGCCGUAGCUCCGUAGCCGAUCGGACGUCUAUGUGCUACGAACUCGUAGCACACAUAGCUGUCGUAGUCGAUACGACUCGCGAGUCACCUUUUGCGUGUUCUGUGACUAAAUGUAAAGUGACUGUGCAGUGUUGUGCCAGAACCGAUUAAUAUAAAUUAAUUGUGAUUAGGUGAACAUUGACAUGGCAAGUGAACGGACUCAACAAUGAAUUAAAAAUGAGGUGAUAACUAAAAUCCAAGAUGGCGAUGGUAAUAUCACAAACGACCAAAGCGGCGAUUGGCGGAUUUCUGGCGCUGAUGAUUCUUGGAGCUGUGCUGGUGGUGGGGGCUGCUUUCGGUUGGUUCGACCCGAGGAGGGAAGACGAGGAAACUCCAGCGAAAAUCAGUGCUAGGUUGCAGGGCAGGACUUCGUUCGUUACUCAUCGUGCUGUAAAUCCCGAUGAGAACAGACUUCCUUUGGUAUCACAUUCCUCACCUUUUUACAAUGGGGAGAAAGGGGAAAGCGGAGAAAUUAUCUCGUCAGGGCAGUGUAAAUGCAGUUUAAAUGAAAUGUCACAAAUCUUGGAGAGCAUGCCGGAUCUGAAAGGGCCUCCAGGGCCGCAGGGACCCACGGGCGCAGAUGGCACCACGGGCGCUCCUGGGAAAACGGGUCAAAUAGGCGAUCCAGGCCCACCAGGCCCAAUUGGGCCUAAGGGUGAUAGAGGGGAUCGGGGUGAGAUAGGAGCGACGGGGCCAGAAGGACAGCAAGGGCCCAAAGGAGAUCCAGGAGUGGACGGAAUUCAAGGUCUUCAAGGACCCCCGGGCCCGCCAGGGCCCCCAGGCCCUGUGACAUCUGCUCUUAUGGAAUCAACAGGAUUAUACGGGUCCGGCAACUCGGGGAUCUUAGGUCCUCAAGGCGAGAGGGGUCCAAUGGGUCUACCCGGGCCCCAAGGAGAGCGGGGCUACCCGGGAAAUAAGGGCGAAAGGGGAUUACAUGGGCCUAAAGGCGACAAAGGAGAUCGGGGUUACGUGGGUCCAAGGGGUCCACAUGGCGCCAAAGGGGAAAGGGGGCAAGCAGGGCGAGAUGGAACACCCGGCCUACCAGGCGCCAACGGCCGACCAGCCGAAAAGGGCGAAAAAGGUGCACGCGGUCUUCCUGGUCCACCUGGACCUCCAACUUCAACAGUUUUAGAUAAUUCUGUGUCAAAUGACGUCGCAAGAGCAGGGCCUCAAGACGUUUCACCGCAGCGGGUGGUGAAAGGGGAACGGGGUGAGAGGGGUGAAAAGGGUGAAAAAGGUUCAAGAGGUAUGGAAGGGCCUCAAGGUUUCCCGGGAACUGAUGGAAAACCAGGGGAAAGAGGGGACAUUGGCCCUUCGGGGCUUCCUGGCACUCAGGGUCCGAUAGGAUUGACUGGAUCUAAGGGCGACAAGGGUGAAGCGGGACCUCCAGGACCAGUUGCAUUAUCCAGAGAUGAGGCUUUAAUAUUGACAAAGGGCGAUCGAGGCGAAACCGGUCCUCGGGGUAAAAGAGGUCACCCGGGUCCACCCGGGCCACGAGGCCCACCGGGUUUGCCGGGGCCUCCAGGAACUCCAGGCUCGAAUGGCCCCACUGGCGAUAUUGGAUUACCUGGAUGGGCGGGUUCACCAGGCCAGCCUGGUCCGCCGGGACAAAAAGGUGACAAGGGUGAUCCAGGAUUAAACCAUCUCGAUUUAGAUAAGAUAAAAGGCGAGAAAGGUGAUCGCGGAUUCGACGGCAGCCCAGGGGUGCCCGGGAAAGAUGGGCUCAGGGGUCCGCCGGGGUUACCUGGGCCUGUGCCGUCUAACAUCAAAUAUAUAUCCGUGCCGGGUCCGCCUGGGCCCCCGGGCCCUCCUGGGCCCCCAGGCGGGCCCUACCUAAACGAACUGCCAAGCGAUACAUUGACUGAUAGUCCAGGGAUUAAUCGUCGCGAGCCCGCCACAGGCAAGCAGCGUGACUCUCUGCAAAUCUUGAGGAGUCUCAACCACCUGGUGCAGUAUCGGCAGGAUGCUUUUGGUUACCGCGACCCUCUGGACCCCCUAGGUGAAAAUUCAGAUUUUGAAGACGACGAUGAUGGUAGAACUAUUGUUGGAACAAUUAUAUUCAAAACAACUGAUUCAUUAAUCCGAUUGGGCACGAACAGCCCACUCGGCACUUUAGCGUAUGUGAUUCAAGAGCAGGCACUUCUCGUCCGUGUCAACAACGGUUGGCAGUAUGUUGCUAUGGGUUCUUUGUUGGCUAUUCACACCCCGCCAGCAAAUGGACCGACGAGAACGCCAAUGCAGAAUAUUCUAGAAACGUCAAGUUUAGUGCAUCACAAAAACCCGGCAGUCGACGGACCAGUGUUACGUUUGGCGGCCCUUGACGAGCCCCACACAGGAGAUAUGCAUGGGGUAAGCAGUGCCAGCUAUGAGUGCAGAAGACAAGCUAACAGAGCUAACAUGCAAGGGAACUUCCGCGCCUUCCUGUCCUCCAGGGUACAGACAAUAGAUGCUAUAGUCGAGUGGGAUCGCAGCAUUCCAGUGGUUAACACCCGAGGAGACGUACUCUUCAACUCUUGGGGAGAGAUGUUUGAUGGUUCAGGCGCCUUGUUCGCGCACGCGCCGCGAAUAUACAGCUUCAGCGGUCAGAACGUCCUGAUGGAUCCUGGCUGGCCUACCAAAGCAGUCUGGCAUGGAGCGAGUCCCAAUGGAGAGCCAGCAAUGGAUGCUUAUUGCGAUGCUUGGCACAGCAGCAGUGCAGAUAAGUUUGGACUGGGAUCGUCCUUACGUUCCAACAAACUACUAGACCAAGAAACAUACACAUGUAACAGUAGACUGAUAGUUCUAUGCAUCGAAGCUACUCCAGUUGACACAGUCAGAAGAAAAAAACGCUCAAAGUUCCGACAAGACAGAUUAAGCUUCCUCAAAGAUCACGAAGAACAGAACGAUACUAGACAGAAGUUAUAGAUAUAAAAUAUCUAGACAUGUAAGAAAAAAAAUGUGAAGACUGUAAAUAAAUUAAUGAUAUUACAGAAGUUUCAUAAAGCAAUGAUUCAGGUGGAACAUAUUGACAAUAUAUUUCUUAACAGCCAAUAGAAGGAGUUUGCUUCCUCCGAGCUUUUUCCUACUACAUAAUAAUAAAAUUGUAAAAAUAUAUGGCCCCAAUAAUCGGAAUGGAAUAUUAUCAGGUACAUCCAUUUUUUUCAUAAAUAUUGAUUUAAAAGUUGUUGUCAUUUGAUUAAAACUAUUUGAUGUAUAUAUUUAUUUAAUCAAUUGAAUAUUUAAGAUUAUUUCUUUCACAACUAACCCCUGGGAAAUUAUUCUAAUAACAUUUUUAUCAGUCUUUCUAUCCAGACCAAGUCUUUAUCCAAAGCAGUUGCAAUUUGUGAUUUCUGGCUACGAAACCGCUGGUUUAUUUUACACU